AUGCUCAUAAAAUCCCCCCUCGAUCUGGCCCGCGGCUGGCCUGCGUCGAAUCUGUUCCCCACUCGAAUGCUACAAGACGCAGCAGUGUCUGUCUUGUCGAGUCCCCCCAUAUCAGAACAAGGUCUGGGCUAUGGCCCGGAUGAAGGCUACUUGGAGCUCAGAGAAAAUAUUGCGAAAUGGCUAAGUAGGAAUUAUAGACUUUCCAUGACCUCGGAUGCUGAUCGCAUUUGCAUUUCUGGAGGUGCCAGUCAAAACUUGGCUUGUGCCCUGCAGGUCUUUACUGAUCCUAGGCAUACGGAAUGCGUGUGGACUGCUGAACCAACCUACCAUUUGAUUUUCAAUAUCUUCCAGGAUGCUGGCUUCUAUGGUCGGUUACGAGCAGUACCAGAAGAUGAAAAUGGUAUAGAUGUGGACUUCCUUGAAAACGCUCUAAAGAGUGCUAGAGAGCAUCCACCUGUAGCGGCCCCUAAACGGCCUUACCGAAAGACAUACACUCACGUCAUCUACUGCGUUCCAACGUAUUCUAAUCCGUCCGGCACUACCAUGCCCCUAUCACGGCGAAAAGCCCUUGUACGUCUCGCGCGCAAGUACGAUGCCCUCAUCGUCAGCGACGAUGUCUAUGACUUUUUGAACUGGGGACCAAAAGAUGUCCCAAGCGGUGAGACUACCUAUUUACCGCGUAUCGUUGAUGUGGACAGAGACCUCGAUGGAGGGCCGACAGACCCGUUUGGAAAUUGCAUGAGUAACGGCAGCUUCAGCAAGAUCGUUGCGCCAGGAUGCCGGGUUGGAUGGGCGGAAGGAACGCCUGAUUUUAUCAGUGGUCUCUCUUCAGCGGGCUCGUCUCAUUCUGGCGGGUCACCGUCUCAACUCAUGUCCACUUUCAUUAACGACAUGUUGGAAAACGGCUCUCUCGACAAGCACAUAAACGAAACGCUCUUGCCAGCGUAUUCUCGACGCGCUUACGCUCUAACGGCGGCUAUCACGCAACAUCUUCUUCCACUUGGAGUCACCUUCGGCUCUGGCUCGGAGACUUACUCGGUAUCCGGAGGCUACUUUAUAUGGCUCAAGCUCCCUGAUUCUGUAAAUGCACGGGAGAUAGCAGAAAUGGCUUUGAAGGAACAGAAUCUUGUGAUUGCGGAGGGGGAGUUGUUUGCCGUGCCUGGAAGCAGCGUAACGGGUAAUGAUCUAGGCCAUAGGCUAAGGCUAUGUUUUGCCUGGGAGAAGGAAGCGAACCUGAAUGAGGCGGUGGAGAGACUAAGCCAGGUAAUCCAAAAGGCGCUUAAGCCGUAG